AUGACAGACGCGCAAGACUUCAGCGGCGCCCUACACGUCGCGGUCAGCCACCACCGCGACCCUGCAGACGCUUCCUCUGACUCGGACCGCACCGAGAAAGGCGCCGACAGCGACACGGAUACGGUCAAGGGCGACGACGCUGUCGACACCGAGAGUGAUACGACUACUACCCCUGACUCUUCCCCUCCAUCCAGUCGCCACGCAAGCCUGUCGUCUGACGAUGCCAAGCCCAACAUCGCGCUCGGCAGCUUUGACAAGGACGGCAACUGGGUCUGGCUGCCGACGCCUUCGGAGGACACCAUCCCACUGACGCCCGCGACUGUGAUCCCCUCGGUCGCCGAGAUGACUACCGUGGGCGUCACUCAGACUGUCAACAUCGUGCAACAGUGCGAUACCGUUGACGCUUCCAACUCGCCAAUUGUCAAGCACGAAGUGACACCGACGACGCAGUGGGGUCCACCCAAGCGCAUCGGUCGUGUGCGCAUCGCUAAAGCCAUCGUCACAGAGACAGGUGAGGACGACUUCAUCUGGAUCGACGGCGACGAUUGGUACAACGACUACACCCCGCGACCAUCUACGUCACCAGGGCCAGCUCCAGUUGAAUCGGUCGAGCAGACGCGUACGAUUGUCAUCCCAGUUCGCAUCCGGGUCGAGGACGACACGUCGAGUGACGAGGGUGAGGCUAGUGGUUCGGAGGUCCGCCGUCAAGCGAGUCCGAGCAAGAAGGUGGUUGUGCCGAAGCGUAAGGCUUCUGUCAAACGGGGUGGUCGUCGUCAGACGAAACCGGCGACACUGGAGGACAUCUGGGAUCGCAUUGCGCAGGCUUCUAAAGAUGCCACAGAAGAUGAAUCGCCAUCAGGUGCCCUCCGCGCUAUGUUCGGGGACAUCGAGGUCACCGUCACCCCUCCCGCCCCAGAGCUCUUCGAAGAGAAGCCAUCGGGCGUCCGAUUCCUUCCAUCCCACACGUCCCUCAACCGCUUCUACCAGGACGCGACCGGUCGCCUGCGCCCGCCACCAUUCGAGCACAUGCCAGGCCUCCGCAUGCAGUACGAAGCGGAGCAACGUGCUUUGAGCAGCCUCAAGCGGUCGCAGAGACCCGGCAUGCAGCGACGCCAUUCGGGCCUCGAUGUUGGUCUUGGCACCGUCGCUCCUCCUCUCGCUAAUGGGUCCGUGGCCGCAGCGACGAUGACCCGUGUCAAGUCGUCGCGUGGUAAGCGCAGGUCGGAUGCGAUGAACGUGCUGGGGGUGCAGGGUUGUGCACCGCCUAUUCCGCCGCGCCGGCGCAGUGUCGAGCUGCGACUCAUGGGUGUCGAAAGGGCAGUGCUGGAGGUCAUCGAGGAGCACGGCCAGUCAGGUGUAGACGCACCCGUCGUGCCUAACCCAGACGAAGCGUCUCAAAUCGUCUCGUCCCCCAUCGACAUUCCCAAGAGGACGACGAAUGGUAAUCGGGAUAACGCAGAUGGCCCGCUUCUACGCAUGCUUAUCCAGAACCGGCUUCGAUCUGUUCAGAGCGUCCAAGCCGAACAGGUCUUGAGCAAGGUUGUGGUUGCUGCACCGGCUUAG